AUGGCUGAAAAACCAGGCGCCGUUCCUUCUCGAGCUAACUUCCCGUGCUCCCGUUCUCCCCGCCACCUCUCCUCUUCCGCCUCAGCCCCUCCCCCCUCCGCCUUUUGCGCGCGGAAGGGCGGGAGAGUCGUAAGAAAUCGGGCAGGUGAUAAAGACGUCAAGGGGGGAGGCUUGGACGAGGAGGGACUAGUGGGGAAGGAGGAUGGGAGGGAUGGGGAACAAGAGGAGGGCGGGAAGGAGGUGAAGGAGCGCGGAAGAAUAUUGGCCGAGAUUGCAGGGAGGAUAAGUGUUCUUGGGAAGGCUGAAUCUGCGGCUUUUUUUAACUCGUUUCUUGAAACAGGGAAUGAGACCGCGGGGAAGGAGACGGCAGGGAAAGGGGCGGAUGUCGCAGCUCGAGGGAGGGGGUCGGAUGUGACUGCAACGGGGGGUGAGAAGGACCGCCAGGUCGCGGAGGGCGGGCAGGAUGUGAUUAUAGGGGGCCAGGUGGUGCGGGUAACGCAAGAGGAUAUAGAUAUGGCGGAGAUGAUCGAAGCUCUCGAGUCGGCUUUUGAAGAGCUCGAGGAGGAGAGCGCCACGUGGCAGGGCGACGUGCAGACGCUCGCGGCGCUCCUGGACGAGCUAUACACCAAUGAGAUGCUCGUGAUGACGCAGGAGAAGGCGAAUGACGCCAUGGCGGCCGCGGUUCGUGCGGGCACGGAUUUCUUCCGCGCGAAUCUGGAGAAGCAGUACGUGUGGUAUGACGCGGAUGGGAAGGUGGUCACGGAUUGGACGAACGAGCGGGUGAGCGUGUACGUUGCAGGCACGCUCAGCCUGUUUCUAGACAUUUCCUUGGAAGGAAACUCUGAUACCGCCUUUCCCCCAGCUGCGCUGAACUGGCUUGACGAGAGGAAUCUUCGAUCGGAAGUUUUCGGGCCCGGGGCAGCUGUGGACAUUGUUACGUGCGUGCCCGGGCCGUACGGCGGGAAAGUUUUUGCGUUUGAGCUGCCCGAGGGGAGGGAGGCCGGGGAGGUAUACGCGGCGCUGAAUUCGCGGCUGAGGCGAAGCUUUCCGAAUCUUGAAGUGUCGUUAGACUCUAUGCAAUACGCGAUGGAUGUUGGGGAUGACAUGUUCAAGGGCGGAGGAGGAGGAAUGGGGGGAGAGAACGACAGGGACGGAGGGUGGGGCGGGGGGGCAGGAGGAGGAGGAGACGGAGGCGGGGGGGGAGGGAACUGGAACGAGUGGGGGCAGUUUCAGACGGGCAACGCGCCGACGCUCUACACGACGUGUGCAGCUUUCGUUGUGCGAAGAGACGUGUUUUUGCAACCAGGCCUGCCCCUCCCCAUCACCGCCGGCGCCGCAGCCUUCACUCUAGCCUCUCUCAAAUCCCUCGUCCAGCCCGAUCUAGCCCUCACCUCCUCGGCAGACCUCGCCUGGGCUCUUCUAGGGUUGUAUGCAGGUGUAGCUGCCACCACUGGUGCGGCCAUGGCUGGCCAAUACGUCUGGGCGUGGUCAUAUCGGACGGACACAGCCAAGCCCCCGUCGCCGCUUUACUUCCUCCCGCUGUUCGCUCCGGAUAUCGGCCUAGUCACGCUUAUCACACAGGUUGUAGCGCCAGUCCCCUCUAGGGUCGCUCUCCUGGACCUCACUCUCCUCUCCUCCUCUGCUGCGAUCUUCUCCUCUUUCGCUCUCCUGCAAGCCUCCGCCGCGUUCCCCUUCCCUCCCGCCCCGUUCUCCUUUCCCUCCGACCUCGCUUCUUUGGGAUUUGAACCCGCGGUGUCGGAACUGGCGGCGGCGGCAGCAGCAGCAACGGCAGCAGGAGGGUCUGUGUCUGGGGUUAUCCCAGUGAAUCCAGCUGUCGGCCUCCCAGGAGGCGACAUUCUCUAUGCUCUCGUUCGAGACCCACUCGUUCUCUCCCUCGCAACCACCGCGGUUACAAUCAUGCUUCUCGUCUCCAUCCCUCUCAACUUUUCCUGGACCUGGGUGCUGCUGUUCCUUCUCCUGCCUCUCCUCGCCCUUGCUAAGAUCAGAAGGCCAGUGUCAGAGGCGCUUACGGCUCCCGACCCUGUGAGGGUGUGUCUUGGGGUGGGGUUGUUGGUGACGGGGGUGGUUGUGCUGCUGCCGGCUCCGCUGUUUGAGUUUGUGUUUGGCGAGCCUGCUGGCCCUGUGGCUGAGCAGAUUCUGAUUUCCCUGGGACUGGGCUGA